CUAGUGGCAUUUUAUUUUGAAAGAAGGAAUCAGAAGUACGUACGCGGGCUCUCAUUCUCAACAUGCCAACUUGGCUAGGCUAACGAGUGAGCUAAUGUCGAGAAGGCCGUCUGUCCUUUGGACCAACUCAAUGACGUCGUCAAACUGCUGCUGACUGACAAUCAAGCGCCAGCCAGCCAGCCAGCCCGAGCUCAGCCAGUCCGAGCUCAGCCAGCCCGAGCUCACCUGGGUCGAAGCGUUCUGGGUCGAAGCUUCCCUGGACAUUUGAGACGUUUGCGGAGCUUCUGGCGUCUUCCGCGGGCAUCGCAGAUGGCGCGGCACAGCAAGCUGCAAACGCAGGUCUUGGCCCUGUACCGACAGUUCCUGCGGGCUGGGCGAGACAAGCCGGGCUUCCUGCCCCGCAUCCGAGACGAGUUCCGUGAGAACGCCGGCAUCAAGAAGACCGACGUGAUGCAUAUCGAGUAUUUGUUCCGGCGAGCUCAGCGGCAGCUGGAGCAGCUUAAGGACGUCAACACCAAACAGCUGGGAACCUUCGCCAAAAGCAAAGAGCGCAGCUGACAGCCACCGGUGGGCCACGCCAGAGCCAGCACCUUUGACGUUGCCGACAUUUGACGUCGGCAACGUCUCAAUGCGCCACGCUCUGCCUUCCAUCUGCAUGCCAACGUACGGACGUCUCCACGGACACGCAACUUGUAUAUGCGCGACGUCGACAUGCCGUGACAAAAUGAGAAUAGACACGCCGACGUCCUGCGUGUUGUGCUCGUUCAGCUGCGUGGUGAGCACUUUUCCAGACCAAGUUCACCAUCAUGUUGUAAUGGGACGAGUUCUAGAUUGUGAUGUCACGUGAAAAUGGAUGGUCACAUUAAAACGUGGAAUACUGAAAAGGA